AUGGAAUCACUUUUUACAGAAUGGAAAAAUUUGGAUAAAAGUCGACUUAAAAAACAUUCGGAGUUUCAUCUGUUGAAAAUAAAAAAAAUCACUGAUAAAUUAAAUGAAUUAUUUGAUGUAAGAUUAAAAAAAGGUAUAUCUGAUGACUCAUGUCCUCAAGAACUUUUUUCGUUAGUAAGAAAAAGUAAAGGCCGAUUGACACUUGUACCAGAUGACAUGGAAGUUGGUAGUUUCCCUCUAGAGCCAAUAGAAAAUGACAUUAAUGAUAUUGGUAAUCAUUAUGAAUUUCCCUUAAGUCAAGAGUUGUCUGAUACAUCUAUUUCUUUUGAAGAAUUAAGUCGAUCAUCUAGUUCUAGUUCAAGAGCACCAAAACGAACAAUAUCCAACUUUGAAGAUGAACUUCCACAAAGUUCAAGGGAGAAUAAAAUUGACAUUAUGACUCCUGAAUUGUCAUCAGCUUUAGACAGAUCAAAUGUCUCUAGCAGAAAUGCUGCUUAUAUUGUAAUCGCUGUCGCAAAAAGUUAG